GGGGAUUUUGCAGACUGUUGAGGGUUCAGCCUCCUGAUGAGUCGGUGAAACUCCGACGAAACAAUUUGUCACAAUCCCUCGUUUGUUGUCCUCUUCUCCCUCUCUGCCUACGGUUUACCAGGCAGAGAGAUGAAAGUGCGUAGAAUCUUCGAUGGCAUUAUCGACGGCCGUCUGGUAGUGGUGAAGUGGGUGCUGCGCAGUCCGUUUUGCGAGCACCCGUCGGAGAUGGUGUUCAGCCCGGACGUCACCGCUUAUGCUGACAAGUGGUACGACGUGCAUGUGAGCGGGUUGUAUGCAAUGGAGAUUCUGGCGGCGCUUGGAUACGACAAUGAUGACCGUCUCUCCGAUGUCAUCUCUUUUGCGAAGAAACUGCAUAACAUCAUCCCGGACGAUUGGGAUUGUAAUCAGCGUGACAAUGCGGGGGAUAUUAUCCGGCAUGUGAUGUCGGUCAUAGCGGAUGACCACGAGGGUGAAAUGGUGGACAACGCUUCGUACAACACUGUUUUGGAACACCCGCUGAGAGGAAGACCUUACCUGCAGAGACUGGUGCAACAGUGGGACCCGGACGAUGACAUUCGGCGAUUUCGGCGUCGGUAUCUGGUCAGGGGGGCAGAACGACGACAGGAAGGAGGGAUUUCAUCCUCUCCGCUUCGCGGCGUGAGCGAAGUCGUGGACAUGGCGGCUGAUUUCGCCUUGACCGACAGACGGUUGAUUGAACAGGCACAUGAGCUCGCCCGCAAGCGAGAUGUUCUGUUCACACGCGUGUCUGCUAUGGUGGAGGAGUUGAAGCGUUUGCGAGAGGAGGUGGACAAAGCUGCCAUGAGAGCGGGUGUGGCAGUUUCCAAAGCAGAAGCUGCAGAGAGGACGAUUGUUGUGUUGCGGGAAGAGGUGGCACGUUUAGAGCAGCAAUUGGCAAUGCACGAAGGGGAGUCGCAAAAUUCAGGGCCGCAUUGUGAUGAUUACGUGAGCACUGUGCAGAGCCCUGGGGUAGGCGAGGAAGGACCGUCGCGAGCGUCACCCUAUCCCUGAGCAAUUUACUUCCGGACAAUGCGCACCGAACACCUCCACAUAGGCGUGUGUCCGUGCCGUCAGGUGGUAGGUCGCCGUUAGUGUCAGCGGCCAUGUC